UUUCUUCUCCAUUUUCCAUUUGUAGAGUCUGCAAUCCUUCGAUUCCAUUCCUUUUGUUCGCUUCUAUUCUUCAGCUUAAACCUUCAAACUCGAGUUGAUGCUGCAAUGAACUAGGGAUUAUUGGUCUGGUACGUCACGCGCGAUUAACAGUUCAAUCAGUACUCUGUUCUUUUAGCUCCCUCUUUUCGCUGGAGUCAGUAUAGGUGCAGUGAAUUAAGGAAUCGAGCACUAUAAACAGAAAAUAGCAAAAUUUGAUAAGCUGAGAGAGAGAGAGAGAGAGAGAGAGAACGAGCUAUGAAUUGAAGUUUGUGGUGGAGAGAAAUGAAUGUGAGCCAUGCCUCAGUUCAUCCAGUUGAAGAUCCUCCAACCACUGAGGGCGGUAAUGCACCAAGGGUGAGGAUGAAGGACAUACAAGGCAUGCCGGGCACCCCUGGAGGGCUCACAUUGCGUUUGUGCCAGUUUAUGUUCGCUGUUGCAGCACUGUGUGUCAUGGCAACCACAAGUGACUUCCCUUCUGUCACAGCUUUCUGCUAUCUCGUUGCUGCUGCUGGUUUGCAAAGUUCGUGGAGCCUUUUGCUCGCUAUUAUUGACAUAUAUGCUCUUUUAGUGAAACGGUCCUUGCAGAAUUAUCGAAUUGUCAGUUUGUUCACAAUUGGCGAUGGGAUCACAUCAACCCUGACAUUUGCAGCAGCUUGUGCGACUGCGGGGAUCACAGUCCUCAUUGACAAUGAUCUUCAAAGUUGUGCGCAAAACCAUUGCGUGCAGUUCGAAACUGCUACUUCCAUGGCCUUUAUUAGCUGGUUUUCUGCCUUACCGUCUUUUCUCCUAAAUUUUUGGUCUCUUGCAUCCCGAUGAAAAGACAUUAACGUGAACUUUGAACAUAAACCCGAAAGCCACCAGUAACAUGCAAACACAGUUGGAAUCGCAUUGUUCAUGUACCGACUUUUCUACUUCGAUUAUUAUUGUGGUGUGGAAACCCGAAGUCCUUUAUUUACAAAAUGAACAAAUGGGGGGUGUGUAGUGCUUUUUGAAAUUAAUUUGUGUUGUUGUAUGUAUAGUUUGAAACAGAUAUUGAACCAUAAUGAGUUUGUCUAAUGAAAUCUCACUGUUGUUGGGAGAUUGAAUUGAUCUUGGAGUAUUACUUUUAAACUGGUGAAAUUAUAUAUGGCAUGGAGAAGAGCUUGCAGUA